GUCACGCGGAAGACAGUUUUUCCCUAGCUGUAGGCUUCUCUCGCUGGGCCAGAACUCCAAAUUCUCUUUCUUUUCCCGUAUUGUCCUCUCUGAUUGGUGGGCCAGAAGUUUCCAAGGUAACCGCAUCUUACAGCCGGUUAUAGGUGGGAGGGGGUAUAACCCGGAAGUGACGCUUUUACCUCGCGCCGGCGGCGAGAGAGUUCGAAGAUGGCCGCCCACAGGGGGCCGCGGCGCACGUGUGCUGCCGGGGAUCCCAUGGAGACCGAAUCCCGCGACGCAGAUUCCGAGGGCUCGGCCCAGGUCUACCUACCCGGCCGGGGUCCGCCACUGCGCGAAGGGGAGGAGCUCGUUAUGGACGAGGAGGCCUAUGUGCUGUACCACCGUGCGCAGACUGGCGCCCCCUGUCUUAGCUUUGAUAUAGUCCGAGAUCACCUGGGAGACAACAGGACCGAGCUGCCUCUUACACUUUACCUGUGUGCGGGAACCCAAGCAGAGAGCGCUCAGAGCAACAGACUGAUGAUGCUUCGGAUGCACAAUUUACAUGGGACCAAGUCCCCACCCUCAGAUGGCAGUGAUGAAGAGGAGGAGGAGGAAGAUGAAGAGGAUGAAGAAGAGCGGAAGCCUCAGCUGGAGCUGGCCAUGGUGCCCCACUAUGGAGGCAUCAACCGGGUUCGUGUGUCCUGGCUAGGCGAGGAGCCUGUCGUGGCCGUGUGGUCAGAGAAGGGCCAGGUGGAGGUUUUCACAUUGCGGAGGCUCCUGCAGGUGGUGGAUGACCCCCAGGCCCUGGCAGUCUUCCUUCGGGACGAGCAGGCCCGAGUGAAGCCCAUCUUCACCUUUGCUGGCCACAUGGGCGAAGGCUUUGCCCUGGACUGGUCCCCUCGGGUGCCAGGUCGCCUGCUAACCGGUGACUGUCAGAAGAACAUCCAUCUCUGGAUGCCUACAGACGGUGGCUCGUGGCAUGUGGACCAGCGGCCCUUUGUGGGCCACACAAGCUCUGUGGAGGACCUGCAGUGGUCCCCAACUGAGGACACGGUAUUCGCCUCCUGCUCAGCUGACGCCUCCAUUCGCAUAUGGGACAUCCGGGCAGCUCCUGGUAAGGCCUGCAUGCUCACUACGGCCACCGCCCACCAUGGGGACGUCAAUGUCAUCAGCUGGAGCCGCCGGGAGCCCUUCCUGCUUAGUGGUGGGGAUGAUGGGGUCCUCAAGGUCUGGGACCUGCGACAGUUCAAGUCUGGCUCCCCUGUGGCCACCUUCAAGCAACAUGUGGCCCCCGUGACCUCCGUCGAGUGGCACCCACAGGACAGUGGGGUCUUCGCAGCCUCGGGCGCAGACAACCAGAUCACACAGUGGGACCUGGCGGUGGAGCGGGACCCUGAGGCGGGUGAGGUGGAGGCUGACCCCGGGCUGGCGGAGCUGCCCCAGCAGCUGCUGUUUGUACACCAGGGUGAGACAGACCUGAAGGAGCUGCACUGGCACCCGCAGUGCCCUGGACUCCUGGUCAGCACCGCCCUGUCGGGCUUCACUGUCUUCCGCACCAUCAGCGUCUGAGAUGGCCUUGACUCUGCAGCUGGUGCUGACGCUGGUCCUCAGAAGGGGUGCAUUCAGGCCUGUUACCUGGACCCCCAAGAAGGGGCUUAGUUCAGCUGGGCACAGAAGCCAUGGAUUCUGUGGGCUUUGUGUUCUCUCAGAGGACUUGGUUUGACAGGUGUUCCCGUGAAACCACUUGCACCAAAGACCCUCACCUGGCAAAAGACUCAGCUGGCCACCUAUGGCCCUAAUAUCUGAUUUUUGUCAGCUUUGGUUCCUGGCUCAGCCCUUUGACCUCUGCCCGGGACCCAGAUUUGGCUGCUGCCUUUCCCAGGGACUCAGGGCUUUACCAUGACUGGACAUCAUUUCUCAGGGUUGGGUUCCUCCCAUCACCUAAGUUUGGCUGAGAUUUUCCAGUGCGUGGUUUUUUUUGUUUUGUUUGCUGAUACCGGGGAUCAAACUCAGGACCUUGUGCUUGCCAGGCAAAUGCAAUGCCACUGAGCUGCAUCCUUGGCCCUCCCGGUAUUGUUUUGGAGCAGAAGGCUAGGACUCCUGACUGACGGUAAAGAACCAGAACAAGGCCUAAAGUGUGUGAAUGUCUUGGUCCUUCCAGCCCAUCCCUGUGCAGACACCAGGGGGGGUGACUGGAAGUCGGCACCCCUGGGUCACUAGGGUCCUCGGCCUGCUGGUGCCAUUCUGUCUGCCUCACCUCAUUUUUACUUUGGAGCUCACUGUGGGUCAGUGAAAGGGUGUCUCACCUCAUGCCCCCCAACUUACUAAGGUGACCCCAUCACUGUGCCCUAAACUGUUGCUACUGUGUGUCCCCAUCUUCCAGUGGCUCCUGCCUCCCCGCCCCCCACCUGCUGU